AUGCCCCUAUUUCGAGAUCCGGAUCGACGGCGUCAUUAUCUAUGGUCACCAGACCGUGAUAACCGUGAACACCCGACCACAGGGUCCCCCAGGCCCCAAUCAAACGAAAUGAAUCACUCUGUCUUUGAUAUUCCAGUAACUGCUGGAGCUUCCGACGACAUGGAGCUAUCGCCGUCAGAGUUGAAUGCGCCUAAACAAUGGGCUAAUGACCGGGAGCAGCUCAUACAUCGCAUCAAGGAAUCUUCACCUUGGAGACAGCACUCACCCUCAGGUAUGGUAGACGAUGACGUCUUCAUGUCUCACACAUCGCAGGAAUAUCAUCAAACAAAAGAAGAGCAUAGAGAAUCUAUGCCCAAUACAGAGAAGCUGGAAUCGCCGGCCGAUAUCCAGAGGCCUCGGUCAGCAUUGCAUUCGGGCGACUUUAGAGAAGGCCAUGAUCCCAAAACACCAGAGUCACUUUUCACAAAGCGAAGCUCAAACUCCUCUCUCGCGCAUUUGAGCACAUCGCCUACCACUCCAUGGUUCGGGGCACCCGCAUUUCCCCCAGCUUUGCGACAUGCGAUCACGUCCAAUGACCAUGGCCAAUCUGAACGCGCCAGGCAUGCUCGUGCUCGUGCGCCUUCGCUGGGCUCAUUCUCAUCUAGCUAUGUUCUCAAGGCUCCCACGAGUCCGCUCGUUUACCAGGCAAAUAAUACCGAUGCGGACUACUCGCCCCAGAUUAGUCCUGUGGAUGGCAUGGAUCCUUCAGAGAGAGCAAAUCGUCGUCGCACUUUGCCGCCAGAGACCUUUAGGAAUCUCCAGUUCUCUCCGCCUCAAAGUCAGGUGGUCAGCCUUGGAAGUCCUUCUGCCCCUAAGCGGCGCCAAGACUCCUUUAAUCAGGGUUCUUCGACCUCUCCCCGCCGGUCUUUGACCUCCACGUACAGUCUUCAACUUGCGCCAUCACCCGCAGGACAUGUCCCACAUUCGCGAGCCAGAAGGCCAUCUUUGGCCUCCGAGGUGUCGGUCAACCCGCACGCUCCAAUGGUGGGCUCCUAUGAGGAGUCAAUAUUGCGCGGGCGCAUGUCCAUGAAUCCCUCUAAGCCUCUGGACUUCACUGCCCAGAUAGGUGUACUGGGUAAAGGGAAAUGCAAAGGUGCUCUAAAGUGCCCACCUCAUGUCACAGUGCCAUUCCCUGUUGUCUUCUACAGUUAUCCGACCUCCGGAUCUGGUCGCUCCAUCUCAGAUGACAAUCCCAGUCCCUACGUUGGUCAGAUUGAUCUUGAGCAUUCCCUACCCAAGGAGAACUCGGCCCCGGUUAGGCGUCGCAGAAGACACACAAGUCCACUUGAAUUCCGCGAUGGCACACCUGCAGAUGGAGCAAAUUCCAACCGUGCAUCGGAGAUCGGCAUUCAGCGUCGACGGGAAAAGAAGCACCGCAGAUCUGAAUCGCCCAAGCGUCCUCCUGGGGGAUCAUAUCGAAUUCCGCAACAGGGCCAGCUGCAGAUCAUCAUCAAGAACCCACACAAGACUGCGGUGAAACUCUUUCUGGUUCCCUAUGACCUCAGUGACAUGGAGCCUGGCACCAAAACAUUCAUUCGGCAGCGUAGCUACUCGGCUGGACCGAUAAUCGACAUGCCGAUGAGUGCCCGAAAGAACUAUGGCACUGAUCGUCCCGAAGCAUCUUUGAAUGCUACAGAAGAUCCCAAGGACAAGCCGACUUUGCGAUACCUUAUUCAUUUGAACAUCUGCUGUCCUUCAAAGGGUCGCUUCUAUCUGCAUUCCAGCAUUCGUGUUGUGUUCGCAAACCGUGUUCCAGAUGGCAAGGAGAAGCUUCGUAACGAGAUACAGAAUCCUGAACCUCGAUACAGCCCAUACAAGCCCUCUCGCGAGCCAAUCCUUGCGAAUCCGGAGUGUCUCAAUCCUCAAUCCGCUAUGGACAUCGGUUCCCGCAGACGAAGUGUUGGCCAAAAUCCAACGUUCAACACUCAUCCUCACGUGUCGCCAUCAACACUCCUCCCCUCGCAACUAGACGAGCCCACUCCCAUGGAUCUCACACCUUCUCCUGGGCACUCAAACUCGCACAGUCUCUCUUUCGGUAAUGACCUCCACCACAGUGACGGCCGCCUCAAAAGCCACCAUUUCACCUCAGGUCCCGUCCCAACCGUCCCAGAAGCCGGUGAGAGCCUGCUUGCACAACGACUGCGAGGUCUUGAUGUCCACAGGCAAGCUUCACUAGACGACAAGCAUCCACGUAACAUGGGAUUCUACGAUCGACUAUCACCACAUGAUCAAUGCCCUCGUUGA